AUGGCAUCAUCAACAACAUCAUCCAAAGUUUUGUGUGUUGUAUGUAAUAAGAGAAAAGGAAGUUACAGAUGUGAAGGAUGUUCACAAAUGUUUUGUCCAAAGGAUUUGAACGAUCAUCGAAAUGAAUUGAGUAAACAAUUAGAAGAAACUGUUGUAGCACAUGAUCUUAUACAACAAACUCUUAUUCAACAAAUUGAAGAUCCUCAACAACAUCCUCUAUUAAAGAAAAUUAAUCAAUGGGAACAAGAAUCUAUCGUCAAAAUUCGUCAAGCAGCAGAAGAGGCUAGAAAUAAAUUACUCAUAACUACAACUGAACAUACAACCAAUAUUAAACAAAAACUGAAAAAUUUAUCUAAAGAAUUACGACAGGGUCAGGAAGAUAAUGACUUUAUUGAGACUGAUCUACAACAAUGGACACAAAAAUUAGAAGAACUAAAAAAAGAACUUCAUAAUCCAACGAGUGUUGCUAUUCAAGAAGAUUCUACACCACUAAUUACUAAGAUUUGUAUCGACUGUCAAGAUACACCUGAUGUCUUCGAACGUGUUUGUGGUAAUGCUCAAAUAAAAGAGAAUGGUUGUCUUAUUGUCAACGAUAAUUCAGAUGGUCACACAGAAAUACGUGGAAAAAAUGAAUAUAAUAUUGGAAGGCAUAAAUUUUGUUUUCGAAUCGAACAAUUACCUCCAAAUGGUUGGAUCUUUUUUGGAAUUAUCUCCAAAUCAGAACCUAUGAAGGUAUUUUCAUAUUCUUCGCCGUCAAACUAUGGCUGGGCCACUAGAAAUCAAAUCUAUGCCGGUGGUCAGUGUCGCCGUGAGCUAAGCAGUGAUGCUAGUCAGAACGAUACUAUUAUAUUGUUACUUAAUUGUGAUCAACGAACGAUUGAGCUGAAAAAUGAACGAACAAAUUGUGUUAUGCAAAUGUCGAUUGACAUUAACAGAUGUCCAUUUCCAUGGCAAUUUCAUUUAAAUCUUUGUGCAGCUAAUACUCAUGUGCGCCUUCUAUCAUCAUUCAAUUAA